AUGAGGGAAUUUUUGGUUGCUAGAGAAAAUAUUGAGAAUGUGAAUGUUGUGCAAUCGGAAGUCGAAUUAGAACCACCAUCUAAUGUGGUUAAUGAGUUUAAUCCAAAUGAGAUUGUGCGAGAUCCAGGUCAUAGGAAACAAAUUAAUGAGUAUGCUCCGGAUAUUCAAGACCAAGUGAGGAGGGCAUAUAUAUUGAAGGGUCAAAUGCAACCAGAUUUGCCAAGCUUUCCUCGUACUACAUUUGGGAGUGUUAAAAGAUCAUUUAGUAAAUCAUGGUAUAAGAAUUAUACAUGGUUAGAAUACAGUGAGAUAAAGGAUGCAGCUUAUUGUUUUUAUUGUUUUCUCUUUAAGAAACCCGGGAGGGCCGAGCACUUUGGUUUUGAAGUCUUCACUAAAAGUGGAUAUAGAGAUUGGAAGCAUGCAUCUCAAGGCUUGAAAGGUCACGUUGGUAGUCAUAAUAGUUUGCAUAACUCAUGUGUCAAGCACUAUGAUGAUUAUAAUAAUCAAAGACAAAGUGUGACAAGUAAGUUUGCUAAAGCAACCAAGGAAUCAGAAGAAUUAUAUAAGAUUCGUUUGACUUGUUCUUUAGAUUGUUCAAGAUAUCUCAUAGCACAAGGCAUGGCUUUUCGUGGCCAUGAUGAAUCCUCUACUUCUCUAAAUAAGGGUAAUUUUAGAGAGAUGGUAGAUUGGGUAAAAUCUCAAAAUGAACAAGUGAGGGACGCUUUUGACCGUGGUGGAAAAAAUUGCACAAUGACUUGCGGUGACAUUCAAAAGGAGCUUGCAACAUGUUGUGCACAUGAAGUUACCAAGGUGAUUAUGGAAGAUCUUGGUGAUAGACAAUUCUCCGUGCUUAUUGACGAGUCACGUGAUAUAUCCGUCAAAGAGCAAAUGGCGGUGAUGUUGAGGUUUUUGAAUGACAAAGGAAAUGUUGUGGAACGAUUUAUUUCUCUACAUCAGAGUCAUUAA